GUCACGCCUCUCGCGGAUUCUAUCGCCGCCUCUCUUUCUGAGUCUCAGAAAGCGCUGCCUCGGGGUCCCAGCUCUCACUAUGGCGGGCUAUAAGGCAUUCCAGAGGGAUUUAAUUGACCUGUUUUAAGGAGUCAGUCGCACGACCACUUCCAGCAGACCUAAUCGAAGACAAGACAGCCGGGGGCUGCAUCGCGCUACACUUUUCAGGUUGCAGGUGGAAGUACGCGGCUCUUGCUCCAGCAUCUCUAAAAGAGCCCCAAACUAUGCUGAGCUUCCUCCGGCGGACCCUGGGCCGGCGGUCCGUGCGCAAGCACAGGGAGAAGGCGCGCCUCCGAGAGGCGCAGAGAGCCAGCACGCACAUCCCGGCGGCCGGAGACGCCAAGUCGGUCAUCACCUGCCGCGUCUCCCUGCUGGAUGGCACCGAUGUCAGCGUGGACCUGCCGAAGAAAGCCAAAGGAGAGGAGCUGUUUGACCAGAUCAUGUAUCACAUGGACAUCGUGGAGAAGGACUACUUUGGGCUGCGCUUCAUGGACUCCGCCCAAGUCCCGCAUUGGCUGGACGUUACGAAGAGCAUCAAAAAGCAGGUGAAAAUCGGCCCCCCCUACUGCCUUCACAUGAAGGUCAAAUUCUACUCCUCUGAGCCAAACAACCUGCAUGAGGAGCUGACGAGGUAUCUGUUUGUGCUCCAGCUGAAGCAAGACAUCCUGAGUGGAAAGCUGGAGUGUCCCUUUGACACAGCUGUAGCUCUGGCUGCCUUCGCCUUGCAGGGCGAGCUCGGGGACUUCGACCCGACCGAACACAGCCCCGAUCUGGUGUCCGAGUUCCGUUUCAUCCCCCAGCAGACGGAGGACAUGGAGCUGGCUGUGCUGGACGCCUGGAAGGGAUGCAGAGGCCAGACACCAGCGCAGGCUGAGAUCAACUACCUGAACAAGGCCAAGUGGCUGGAGAUGUACGGUGUGGACAUGCACACGGUCAAGGCGCGCGACGGUAAUGACUACAGCCUGGGUCUGACCCCCACUGGGGUGCUGGUGUUCGAGGGCGAGACCAAGAUCGGCCUGUUCUUCUGGCCCAAGAUCACCCGGCUGGACUUUAAGAAGAGCAAGCUGACGCUGGUGGUGGUGGAAGAUGAUGACCAGGUGAUGCGGCCGGCUAAGGAGGGGAAGGAGCAGGAGCAUACCUUUGUGUUCCGCAUGGACCAUCCCAAAGCCUGCAAGCACCUGUGGAAGUGCGCUGUGGAGCACCACGCCUUCUUCCGGCUGCGAGGGCCUGUCCAGAAGAACGCCACCCGCUCCGGCUUCAUCCGCAUGGGCUCCCGCUUCCGCUACAGCGGAAAGACUGAGUAUCAGACCACGAAGGCCAGCAAGACCCGGCGCUCUGCCUCAUUUGAGAGGAGACCCAGCCGGCGCUACUCUAGGAGGACUCUGCCAAACAAGGCUGUUAACAAGAACCAUGAGACACACAAUAACGGAGUGGAUCAGAGCAGCGAUGCCAAGCCCCGGAGUCCCUGGCCCACCUUGCCCAUAGUCACCACUCUGCCUACUGACCCUGGGCCAAUGGAAAUCGAGUGUCUCUCCAGGAGUCCCGGAGCCAGCCAAUCGGAGAAGAGAAGUCGGCCUCCUGCCAUCGCGGACCUGCAGGAGGCGUCCGGUGACGAGGUCGUGCUGCUGGCGGUUCCCAUGGCGACAGUGGGCCCGGCGGAGGAUGCGGCCCUCAGCGUGUCAGCCCUCGGUAACACAGCGGACAGGAACAUCUCUCUGAACGAGGCCGCAGUGAGACUGAAGCAGCUGGAGAUUGACAGCUCCCUCAUCCAGGCUCCGGGCAGAGCUGACAUUAACGUCAACAUGAACAACCAGGGGGAUGUGGAGAAGCUGACUGAGAAGUGCCUCAGCGGGGUAUCUCCACUGCGCCCCCCAGAGGAGCUGAAGAGCAACAUCCUCAAAGCUCAAGCAGAAGCCGCCCUCAAGGUAGCGGGGGGCCAGGCAGCAGAGAGUGACAUCGCUGGCUUCAGGGACGAGCACGCACCCAUGGGAGAGAAGAACUGUAACCUGCAGGAGCAGGCAGCCAGCACCAAGGGGUCUGGUGGGGCCCCCUCCCCGUCCACCAGCAGGCAGCCUGAGCACCAGGGGUCCCGGGAGCUGAAGGUACAGGCUGCCCUGCCCUGUGCCUGGCCGAGGGACCUGAACUGCCCCGCCGUCCGCGGCGAGGAGGUGCAAGCUGACGACGCGGCUUCCCACCUGCCUACUGUCCCCGUGAAUGAGGCCCCGGCCAUCAUGGCAAAGGCGUCACCGGCGGGUGCGUCGGUGGACGUGACACAGCGCGUCGUGCCGGCGUCUCCGCCAUCUGCGCAGCUUCUCGAGACACAGGUGACCUCGGUGGAGCCAGAGCAGCCGAUGGCCCCCCUGUGCGAUAAUCUGAUCGACUUCUCAGAGCCCCCCCCGGUGCCCAAAGCCGUCAUCAUGCCGCGCUGGAUCGUGCCCACGGCUGCAGUGAGUUCAGCUCAGCAGAAACCUCCUCAUCCCCCCACCCUUCCCCUGAUGACCUCUGACCCCCCUGCCCCAUUUGGACAGACGGGUGUUUUUACUAAUGGCCUUCUGGACGACUACGAUGUUGCGAAUGCUGCUCCUCUCCAUCCCGAUGGAGGCGCUCAACCCCAAAUGUCUCACGCACGUUUUGUGAUCAGCACGGUGAGAAAAGAGGAGUACCCCAAAUCCACACGCCUGCUGACCACCGAGCUCUGAGGGCUUCUGGGGCGCCUGCCUCUCCAUCACAGAUCAUCAUACACCUCCCUGUCCACCUGGCCGGGUGCCCUUCCUUUCAGCUACAUUCCAUUUGGAAGAUCUUAGAAGGUUUUUAAUUCUUAUUUUUAUGCACACCGUGGACUAUGGCAUUUCCAUAAGCCUCCUGAUAUACUGCUUCUAGGGUUACUGAUGAUAGUAAUGUGGGGAAUUUGAAAAUAGGCAUGGAAAUACUAAACCUUUCAUUAGAGAAUGAGAUAAGGCCUCCAGCUCCGGGGCCAGACCACAUUCCAGUUGCAUUCCACUCGUUCUCACUGAGGUCUUGGGAACGUGCCACCUCAGACCUGCUGCCACGGACCAGGUGACCCAGAGCUGACCCUGACACAGCCUGGAGACCUUGACGAAGUCCCAGGGGACGGCUGCAGCUGUACCCCAAAUCACUGCCCUAUGGCAUGCCGUAGGCACCUCUGUAGCGUCUGUCCUGCUUGGAUUGUACUCUGUUGUAAUUCCGGCACUAGAGUUGUUUCUGAAUAAUUGUGCGACUGUGUUGAUACUCCGUUAGACCUUCAUGCAAGGGGGUGGUGAUGCAAAUACGUCUAAAGCAAAUGGAAUUGUUUCCUCUGUAUAUUAUGCAAUAAUCUUAUCUGCCUUAGUAUCAUAUAACCAUGGAAACUGAAACGCGUAGCUCACUGUGCUAUAUAGCUGCACUGUGACAGGUGACCGUUUAGCCCAAAGGCCAUACGCCGGUCACAGGGCAGUGAGUCUCAGCUAACUGGGAUUCAUUGUGUCAUUCGGAAUUCAUAAGCUGGAAAAGCACACACACCCUAUCACUGAGGAGGCUGAGCUUGGGAAUGUUUGGCACCGCCCCUCGGACCAUAAAGCACGGAUUGCUGUUAUGAAAUGUGCUUCUCCCUAAUGCUUCUAGAACCUUCACUUUGUAAGUGCAAUUCGCUGUAGCUCACUCAGUGUAUUUAUUGUUUUGUUUUGUAUUUUGUCACCCCUUUGUACAUUUUAAGCAUCAUCUAGGUGUAAAGAAGCUCACAGAGCUGGUUUAUAUUUUAGUUUUUUACAAUGUAGCGUUUCUAAGUAAAACGUUCACACUCAUA